GCCAACAGUGGAGAACCGACGGCAUCAGCAGCGUAGCCUACGAAGCCCAGGAAAAGCGCGUCACCUUCGCGAUGGGUGCCUUUUAUCCCAUAGCGCUUCUCCAGGAUGCUCAUCUCAACAUGCCCUACCAGGCGUGGGAACUGCGACCUACUGCUGCGGAUGAGGCACUGCUUAGAGUUACUACAGGCUUUGCAACGGUUCACAUACAAAUUAAGGGCAAUCAGUGUAUGCUGUCUUCAGUAGUGGUGGAAGAGAAGGAUGUGCUUGCCCACAUCACAGGAAAAUGGAUAAGCCCACUUGACUUAAGAGCUGUUUUGAAAAAAGCUGGUGUGAAUAUUUUCCCAGGAGAGUACUCUCACAAGUACGUCCCUGUGACCGAGAAGGCUGCCCUAGCAGAAGUUCGGGCCUAUCAGCAAAUGGCAUUGGUUGCAUCUGCUUUUGCUUUUGCCUGGAGCAAGUGGAAUCUAGAAGCAGGUCAAGAGCAAGUAGUGUUCAAGGUGAGUGAGCAUCUCGAGACAGAUUCUGUCAAGGACUGGUCUCUCUACAUGUUUAACGGUCAGAAAGCACAAAAGCUCAAGAUCACCGAAACCAGUGAAGCUUUUUCAGAAGAGCUAGAAGAAGAUUCCGAAUUCCACUCCACUCUGUACCACAUGCUUAAGGACUGUGCGAGCAAAGAAGCAAUUGAUAGAGUGGAGAGCGCUAGCUUCCUGUUUAUUGACGUGGUGUAUCAGCUACUGCUUGCUACACGAGUUUUAACAUACUCUUAA